GUCGACCUUCCCAAGAUGGCGGCGAUCAGGGCAACUGCGCGUAGGGGGCGGGAUUCCGCCGACGGAGGCGGGGCAGGGAGGCAGAGGGGUAGGGCUGGCGGGCGGGUUGAUCCCUUAGUAGGCAGCCACAGCGCGCCUGCGCGGAGCGGCCUUGCGCGCUGUGAGGCUGUGGCGGGGGAAGGCACCGGUGGGGCGGACGGGCGGGUUGAAGGAGGGAAGCGGCCGAGCGAAGUCCCAGUGCGCGCCGCGGCGGCCCGGGUACCCUCCCCUUCCGGAUGUGAGGCGCUGCGAAGAGAGCUGAACCCAGCGGACUCGCACCGGCAGCGAGGCGCCGCUACCGCCGCCUCAGUCCGGCCUCCUUCGGCUUCGGUGCUCCCGUCGUGGGGGCCCGGGUUCCUCAGCACACCCAGCUCCAGAAGCCCCCAGAGCCUGUCCUCGACCCUUCGAAAGCCCCGGCGCCUGCCCGGGCCCUUGGCGGGGAGGAUGACGGAGCUGCAGUCGGCACUGCUACUGCGAAGACAGCUGGCAGAACUCAACAAAAAUCCAGUGGAAGGCUUUUCGGCAGGUUUAAUAGAUGACAAUGAUCUCUACCGAUGGGAAGUCCUUAUUAUUGGUCCUCCAGAUACACUUUAUGAAGGUGGUGUUUUUAAGGCUCAUCUCACUUUUCCAAAAGAUUAUCCCCUCCGGCCUCCUAAAAUGAAAUUCAUUACAGAAAUCUGGCACCCAAAUGUUGAUAAAAAUGGUGAUGUAUGCAUUUCUAUUCUUCAUGAGCCUGGGGAAGAUAAAUAUGGUUAUGAAAAACCAGAGGAACGCUGGCUCCCCAUUCACACCGUGGAAACCAUCAUGAUUAGUGUUAUUUCUAUGCUGGCGGACCCUAAUGGAGACUCACCUGCUAAUGUUGAUGCUGCGAAAGAAUGGAGGGAAGACAGAAAUGGAGAAUUCAAAAGGAAAGUUGCCCGCUGUGUAAGAAAAAGCCAAGAGACUGCUUUUGAGUGACAUUUGUUGAAUUGCUGUAACUUCACUUAUUUCAGGGUCUCCAAUUGAGAAACUGGCACUGUUUUUCCUGCACUCUUCCCACCUAUUGCUGGACUUCUGUUGUAACAAGUUGGCAAACACUGGCUGGAACUGGGCUGCAAUAAAACAUGCCAGUAUCAAUGCUGACAAGAGCCUAACAAGUGCCAACUUACAGAUGAUUACGCAUUUUGAAUCCUAAUGAACUGUUUUAACCUUCAGGAAGAAUUGUAAAGACCUGUACAUAGCACAACAUGAUCCGGAUAAUAUAUAUACUGUUCAUGUACAUCCACAAAUACACCUUGUACCAAAUAAUGCUUUCUUGUAGUAGAAUAAGAAUCGUGUAAAUUCUAAAAGAUUUUAGCAGGUUUUCUUCCCCAUUUCAUUGUUUCUUAUCAGUUUUAAAAGACUCCUUAAGGCAUGUCAGAUGAAAAGCAAUUAGGAUUAAAAGUUUCCAUUUAAUUUCCUUUAAACCAUUGAGGCUUCAUUAAACUCUUUUCACUUACUAAACUUUUGUAUCUUCUUUGUUUUGACACACUUCCCUUUGCAUUUAUCUCUUCUAUCUACCAGGAAGUUUUCAAAUCAUUUAGUUCAAAUAUUGAAAUACUUAAUAAGCAACUACUUGAUUUUUAAUGAUGACUUCAGAGGAGUGGUCAUCACUAGGUGCUUUGUCCUUUUUGUAUUCUAGUUGCACCCAUUUCUUGGAUUUGGAUGUAGCAAUAACACUUUUGGCUGUUGAGAGCUCUUGAACUGUCAUUAUCCCCCAAAACUAAAGAGUUGGUUCUGAAUUCAACUUACUGAAAUUUACCCCAAACUAUACAAAAUUCUGAUUUGGUUUUAUUUUUGCCCUCUGGUUACCUAAUGUUAAGGUUAGAUGAAUAAAGCAUGCACAGCUACAGGCUUUCUACUUAACUUCUGGGUUUGCUAUUAAAAAUGCUGUUUACCCUCAUACCCUUCUCCUUAGCCCUUCAUAUUUCUUUGCCUCUAUUCUUCUAUACUACAGAUUUUUCUCACCUAUUGUACAAAGAAAUUGCGAUGUAUAUUUUCAUGUAAUUUGAUUUUGGAAUUCUGUCACCUUAUGUAGUGAGUUCUUCCAAAAUACAAUUUUUUUCCAAUAAUUGUCAAGUUGUUGGCUUUUAUUGUAUUGAAUGAAGGUUAUAAUACUGAAUGCCAGAGAAGUGCAGUUUAGAAAAAUCUCAGGUUGAUUCCUUAUGCAAACAAACUUCUAAUACUUGAAAAUCACAUGGCCAUGGCACUCUGUAUUGGGCUCUAUCUGGAUUCUUAUGUAAAUCUCAAAGUAUUUCAGAAGUGUAAAUGCUUUGCUAUUUAACAUAUAGAGUCUGUUACUGACAUAGUGCACUUAGAUUUUAUUGUUUGAGCAUAAGUAUAUUUCAUAAGUUUUCUGAAACAACUUUAGGAAAUGGUAAAAUGAGCAUGUACGGUGUUAAAGGCAGGCCCAGAUUCCUGUUUGGUGUGAGGUUGGGAUUGGGAAGUAGUCACUGGCAUAUAUAAGGGAUAGAUCUCAAGACAGUACCAGAUGAGACAUGGUGUUUAAUUGUGAAAAUUGGUGCAUCUCUGCUCUUUGGGGGUUUGGAGAAAUAUGUUGGCAGAAGAGUGAAAAAAUUUCUGCAAGUAACCUAGUCCUCUGUGAAUUUUGCAUGUCUUUUUUAAAGCAGAAGUAAAAUAGUUGAGGAUGUAGUCACAACAGAGAAUGAUUUUUUUUUUUUUUAAAUCCUAGGCUGCUCUCCACUCUGAAGCAUUAUAAAAACCCAUAAAUGUGUAAUGACUGAAUGUGAAAAUUGUUUGAUUUUGUUCAUUGUAGCCCAGUUUUCUUCAAGAACUUUGUGACUCUUUAGUUUUUUUUAAAGACUCUGUAAAAAAUGUUGCCCCAAAGUGCCAGUACUGCACACCUACCUGGGACUUUGAAUGAAUCCCUUUACUCUUAAAUCAGAACUUGUUCACAUGCUGGUUGCUUGUGGCAAAAUGGACUCUGAAUUUUGCUCUUCUAUUGCUAUAAUUCUGUUAGCAAUCUGUUGAGUUAAAACUUGGCAAUUUGACUCUUAAGAGAGUAGUAGCAAAUGACCUAGUAACUCAGGGACAACUAUUCUUGAACUGUAAGUGCCACUUUAAUGCAGUUACUUUGGUAUAAGCAUGUGUCAUUUAGGGCUAGAUCUAGAGGAUUAGAAGGGAGAGCCAGGAAUGAAUGCACCUCUUUCCACACUCCUUUCCACCCGGUGCCCUGACUGUACUACAUGUGGAAACACUGGCCUCAAAUACAUGUUUUGACUUUGUCAAGAGUUGUCAUCUGUGCCUUUCCCAGUGUUCAUCUGACAGUGUGAAUUUAAAUGCCUCUACAUUUGUUAUUAAACCACACUUGGGUGACACUGAUCCAGGUGGCUUUUUUCCCACUAGUGCCUCACCAUUAGUGUGAGGUGAGUCCUCUCUGCUUUAGGAAAAGGAUUUUUCUGCCUAACUUUGUGCCAACUAUCGACAUCUUCAUAGUCUUAUAGAUUAUAGAGCUGUUGGCUGCUUCCUAAAUUUAUUCCAAGUUCUCGUAAAGGCUUAUAGAUUUCAGUCUGUGCUCAUGGGAUGGAUAUCAAUGGCUUUUGGCCUCUUAGUGAGUUUAAAGUCCAUAUGAGGUUGGUUUCCGUGUCAUUAUUAGGUAAUAUCUUCGUGAGGUUAUUUCAUUAGUUCUGUGAUCACUUGGGUGUUGUAGUAUCUUUAAUAGCCUUCAUUCUCGGUUGUGAAAUUUUAUUUUAUAUGCUCACUUACCCUCUACAAAUCUGCCCAUUUUGGGUUGUGAUGCCUGUGUAUCUUUGCCCGUCUAGUCUCCAGUUGGUGGAAUUACCUUUUUUUUUUUGUACUGCCACUUCUCAGCAUCUUUGAAAUUUGACAUAAUGUUGCUUCAUUCCAGUUUUUUUUUUUUUUUUUUUAGUUCUGUAAUUUGUUGAUUGUAUUUAACUAUGUGAGUUCUGUUGUGAUGUUUACUGUAUUGUAAAGCACCUCUAUCAUGUGAUGGGUGCUCUAUAAAUCAAUAAAUGAUGACUUAGAGGCUG